AUCGUUUUGUUUGUUACCAUCAUCACUUCAUCAGCAUCAUCAUUAGCGUCAUCAACCUCACAUUCCCGUGACAGCAACACCCUCAAAUCAUUUAAUCAUCAUCAGUCUUCAUAAGUCUAAGUUGUUCUUGAAGAUGGCUCUGUAAACUCUCCUCUGUGUCCCAUGAUAGUGUUUGUAUUCAGUCUGGCAUGCGUGGGCGCCUCUGUCACUCGUGGCCUUGACUUGGAUUUGAAAAAAAAGUGUGUGGGAGUUAUGUUCUUUUACGUAAUAUUGCGUCCCGUGCCUCGCCUCACGUGCAUAUACUUAAGACUUAACUUCCCCUUAACGCCAUCGCUCUUGUAACGCUUUCAACGCCUUCUCUCCAGUAGCUGCUGUCGUCUUCUGCCAUGACAGACCUUGUUUGGAGGUCGACGAUGAAAACGAUGCGUGCGUGGAACAUUUGAUAUGAUAUCCCAUGCGAUAGGCGACCAAGUGUUCUCUCUCUCUCUCUCUCUCUCUCUCUCUCUCUCUCUCUCUCUCUCUCUUCUUCUUCUUCUUCUUCUUCAAGAACGUUUUCGUGUGAGGUAUUUAGGUAGCAAAAAAGAUGUGAGGACCCUGUCACACUACGACAAUCAUGUUGGACAACAUAAGAGGUGCGUGCUAAUUUUCGUUGCACUUCGAACAUUUUACCUUCUCCCAGCGAGUAUACAGCGAGCCCAUAGCAUGUUGGCAGGGAGUUUCCAGCGUGUUACUGCGUACUGCUUCGAGUUCAUUGAUUUCCAAACGUUUUUUCGACAUGUGAAAUGCGUACGCAUUGCGAGCUCUGCGUGCUAAUAACGCGCUGUGCGUGUAAAACAGCGAAUUUAUUUUGCGUGCUUCCUAGGGGUCUAGACGUGUGUAUUGCGUGCUCAUUUCGCACAACGUGUAAUUUGCGAGUUGGGCGUGGGUAGUACGUGUACUUACGCGUGCAGAGCGAGCUAUAAAAGACUGAUUCGCAUUGCUGCGUUUAACACUUUCUUCUCGGUUCUCGACGAGUUCACAAGUAUCCACAAUGCCAAAGAUGAAGUCAAAGGCACUCAAUACUGGGCAUCGACAUGUCCGAGCACCAUCACCACCGGCUCCACUAUCUCCCGAUACACAUGUGCUCUCAAGUCAUAAUGAUGGUGCUGCUUCAAUGAUAUCUGUACGUUCUACUGUUCAUGAAGUUGUUGCUACUACUGGUUCUGCUCCUGAAGCAUCAAGAAAGAGCAAGAAACAGAAGACUACCUUUGGCAUGGACGCAGAUAAAGAAGAGGUUCUGGCGGUGUUCAUCAGAGAAAACCCGAUACUGUGGAACAUCAAGCGGAGUGAUUACAGGCGGAGAGACAAGAAGAGCAAGUUGUGGCAGGACCAGGCUGACAUCAUGGGCAUCCCAUCUGAGCAUCUUAAAGGAUGGUUCCGCUCCGUGAGAGACCAACACACGAGACUUCAUAAGAAAAGUGGGGAUGACCUGCCAAGCCUUACCGAACGGGAGAAGUGGAUCAUCAAGACGUUCGCGUUCCUGAGGGCUGUCACCCGCCAUGUCCGUGAUCCAGUUCGAAGGUUGAGGACAAUUGAUGUUGCGGAAAAAGGGAGGGCAGAGGUUGCGCAAGUUGAGGUGGCAGCGGAGUUGGCAGGAGCAGCUCCAGUACAAUCUUCAGUUCCCUCUACAUAUACAACAUCUGGGUCUGAUGACAACAGUCUCCUAAACUCUCUACAAACCAGAUUGGAUUCCUCUCACGAGCUAGUGAAAGCAGCCCUCAAACCUGCUACGGAAGAGGAAGCAUUCGCCAACUACGUAAGGGACACGCUGAUAGCCAUGCCUCAUCACAAGUUUAUCAAAGCCCAGAAGCAGAUUGCGAUGAUCCUCUUCCAGUACAUGGGUGACAACGAAGAGGAUUGACGUGCCAGCCGCACUGGGAUGAGAUCAUGGUCAUGCAAAAUUACAGCUAUGACUUGUUGACGUAGUGAAUAGGCCAUAUGGAUUAUGGAGCUCCGUAUACAGUGGAGUCUCUUUGUGCAAUGGUCUUCUGGAAAUUGUCAUUUUAUAUAUACUGCAUUCUUCCAGCACAUUGGAGCUCGUAGGGCUUGGUAUGGGAGCGCAGAGAACGUUAUGUGCCCGCUAUGGACUCGCUAUUUCACUAUGCACGUCGGGCACGCUGGGACUAGCACAAAGCAUGCAUGCAGUGUACACGCCGAACACUCGCUGAAGACACGCUAUAUACCCGCCAAAAGUACAUUUCUUGAAUGCAACAAUGAAAUUCGACGAGCAAGAGCCAAGCAAUGGCCGAGCACAUAUCGUGAUCGAGGCGUGAGCAGCUUGUUUUCCAGCGAGCGUCUAGUUAGUGAGGACCGUUUGAGGAACAAGUCGUUAACAAGCGGAGCACGUCGACAAAUUUUGAGCCUAAUUAAACUUUUUCUACUUUCCUCCAAGUGAAUUGCGUCUACCGACAAGCUGCGGAGUGUUAUGACGUGCAAAGAACGAGUGAGAAACUAGUGCAUUACCGUGUAUGGACGAGUUCCUCUGCGUGCCAAUGCGUAUAACUCACGCAUCGGAAAGAGCGCCGUAGUGUGACAAGACUAUAACGUAGAAUAGACCAAGAUCUGCAGUGUUAGGUUAAUGCACUCAUGGAAAAGAGAAAACCCAUAUAACUGCAUGACAAGUGUAAUGCGUAAGAAUAAAUCUAACGUAUAGUAAAAGAGUCAGUACGUGUGUAAACUAAGUAGCCUAUUACUUGUUUAUGUAUUAUAGAGACGAUUGGAGCCGUAUGCAGGUGGUAAAGAUAGAGAAGGAAUAACUGAUCGGCUACUUCUCUCACUGUCUCUUCCUUCACCCGACACUUGGACCUUGCCUCGCCUCGCCUCGCCCAGCCUCCUUCACUCACCAGUCUUCACAAACUCACUCGUUUAUUCCCGAGUGACACAACUACGAUUGGCUGCAGCAGAUAGCAAGACUCCUCUUUGAACUUUGGUGCGCCUUGACCACCAUUCACUCACUCAGCAAGACUCCCCAUGCAUCAAGACAAGUGACACACUAUUUAUUGUCUUUCUACUGAACGAAGGUGAGCAGGGACGUUGGUUGAGGUCGUCCCCUGCUCAAAACUGUGCCAAAUCCGUUCCAACACAUAUAACUCGGUCUCAAUCGUCAACUGUUUAUUAUGAUUUUUAAUGCAUUUUAUCUACCAUGAAAUACUUUCUUAGAUUCAAAUAAGAUUUCAUAGUGUUAUAAAUGUACUUAACUUUCUAAUAAGAGUAAUUAGUAUACAUAAAUAACACGACAUGUGGUCAAAGGUGACAAGAUCAUUCAUUCCUAACUUGGCUGCCCGCUAAGAUUGAAGAAACCCUCACAAUUCAUGCUUCACUGCCUCACAGACCAGAGAAAGCAUGUAUAUACAACGUAUAUAAUUAUUUUUUUGAAAAAAAAAAUGCAAACAGAGGACCUAUAAUAGAUCCAAAUAAACCACUGUGUUGGGUAGUAUAGUUCGGCUAAGCCUAAAAGAAACACGUGAAUAUAUAGCUAAUCCUUUAAUUGACCUGGCAAAUCUUGACAACGCUGUUUGUAAGCAGGGGAUUCACCUUAGUGACUUACCCAAUACGCCUUCGUCCAGUAGAAAGACAACGUGUGCCCGACAAGAUAGACGCAGG